UCCUCCAACUAUCGUUUGUUAUACCCCCCGUGUAUACACCGGCAUCCAAUCAUCUACAGCAACACUUGAACGAAUCAUCCCAAGAUGGCGAGGACAGGCUUCUUCCAUCACGUCGGCACGUUCCUGUUGUUUGCUGCAACCGUUUUGCUCAUCAUCACGUGCAUCUCGGCGCCAGUUAUAAAAGAUAUCGCCAUCUUAAAGGUCGACCUUGGGGACAAGCAGUCCUCAGACCAUUCGACGGUCACUUUCGGCACGUUUGGAUACUGUGUCAACGAGCCUGGUGGUGGUCGAGAUGGAUGCUCCCGUAAAAAGUUGGGAUACUCGCCAGCGGACGUCAUGGCCAGCGCCGACGGGACCAACUACUCCGACCACGCCAAAUCGACAACCAAGGCUCUCACCAAGGCCCUGGUCCUUCAUCCGAUCGCGUGCGGCAUGAACUUCAUCGCCUUCUUGCUCGCGCUCGGCGCCGGCGUGGUGGGCUCGCUGCUGGCCUCCCUCGUGGCUCUGUCCGCCUUCAUCGUCACCGUGGUCGUCAUGAUCAUCGACUUUGUCCUCUUCAGCAUCAUCAAGUCCAAGGUCAACAGCAGCGACGCCAGCGCCAACGCCCAUUUCAGCACCGCCGCUUGGACCACGCUCGCCUCGGCCAUCUGCGCGCUCCUCGGCACCAUCGUCGUCUUCUUCACGUGCUGCUCGUCUCGUCUUCACAGCCGCCACCACUCGGCUAAGAGCAGCACGGGAGCAUACGACGCCCCUCCCCGUCGGAGGAGGUGGUUCUAGGUUGGCUUGUUGCCCGGCACGAGUUAAUGUGACGGAGCGAACAGGGGAGGUUUUGGGUGACGGUGAUAAUUGAUAUGAGCGGUGGUCGGUGGAGCAUGUUACUCUGCCGUCAGGCGUUUCAGCACGGGCUGGCUUUGAUUGAACGGGGUCUUUCCUUUAAUUAAUGAUAUCCCAUGCUACCUACAUAACAAAGUCUAGAGACCGAGUGAGUGGAAAUCGUGACGACCGAGAAUAACUACCUAACUUUUUCUUUGCCUUUCCUUCACUGCCCAACCCGGCUGCAUAGGGUUCUUGAAGCUUCGCUUUGGGGUGGUGCUCGGGGCUUGGUUUUGUGGGGCCGGUCCGCGGGCGGGGUGGCGCCGUGUCCGGCC